AAAUAUGAAUGUAUCGUCUGUCGUUAUGCUCCUGGUGCUGUUUGCCGCCGUCUGUCGCUGGGCGCCAGGGCUGCUCUGAGACCUGACUGGUCGCACCUCUGCAUCAUCCUUGACUCUUCAGUGCAAGGGACAUGCCCCCGUGUGACAUUUUCCGGUACAUAUGAAGAUGGAAUAUUGCUCAGAUAUUUCUAAUCAUGUUUCGUCGUUAUGAUACCUUUGAUCGCUAAUUCUCCCGCCCCUCCUCAGUGUCCUUGUACUGCAUGUCGAGAUGCAUUGAGCGUGAGCGAAAGAAGAGCUGUAAAAUAGUACAGCCAGCCCGGCACUCUCGUUCAUUGGCGCUUGCAGAUUUUAAUUUAAUUCCUUUAUUUUGUUUGCAAGUCUAUCGACGCUGGUCGUCAGUUGCUUUCGUGUCCAUAGCUUGUUCACUUCUUGCCAGACGAGAGAGGGAGCAGACCAAAAGGUCAUCUGGCGUGACAUACCGCUGAAUUGAUAAAAGAUGCGGGACAAACUGCUCCUCACUUACCUGGUUGCAGACGUCCUCUUUUUGGGAGGCGGCGCCUUAAUUCUCACCGUUGCGUUGACGGCCAGAGAUAAGAUUCGAUCUGCACCAACGCUGGAUAAUGUCGCAGAGAGAUUGCUGCUUGCUCACUGUCCCCAGCUAGGAGAGAUUAUCAACGCCGGAUUCGUCUUCUUCACGUUCCUCCUUUCGAUCCCAGCCAUUAUUCAAUCAAAUGAUCGGAUAUGGAUGAAAAUCCACGGCUGGAUGGUUGUGAUAAGCGGAUUCAUCACACUGAUCAUAGGAUUGAUCAUCUGGUUUUUGACGUUAAGGACAAGGUCAACAUUGAGCGAUGCGUGGGGAAACGAGACACCAGAGGUGCAGAGCUUGUUGCAACAACGAUUUAAUUGUUGCGGCUACUUGAACAGCACCUCGCCGCCAUUUCAGGUCGAUAAAACGUGUCCGACCGAUCUCGAUGCGGCACAAAAACCAGGAUGUGUUGGCCCGUUUUCCAAUUUUGCGAACAGCUUUCUGGAUGUGAUUUUCACUGCGGACUUUGGCAUAGUGGCUAUCGAUGCUCUCCUACUUCUCUGUGUUGCAAUGGUCCUCAAGGACCGGAAGGAGCGUGCAAGAUAUCGGUUGAUUGACUCAAAGAACGGGUUCGGUACAAUAUAAACCGGUGAGGCGGUUGAUUCCAAAUAUUUUUCUUCGGCUUACGACAACUUCACUUCAUCCAACGGUUUCUGAUAUGUCAGCGAUAUUUCAUGCCGGUAUAUACUUGUUAUGGUUUUUUAGUAUAUGUACAUUUAGAGGACAGAUGUGAUUGCAAUACUUGUUUCUGUUUCAUGCCAUCAUGAAUGCACGAUGUA